CUAAUUCUGCUUCCUUAAACUGUACCUCUUUAGACUAACAGACAUUAAAGGGUUAAAGUAGUUUUUAGCAGCAAAUUAUUAACUUUUUUUUCCUGACUGGUGUGUAGAUCAUCUAGAAGCAAAAGACUAAAAACCUUACAGACUGUUUAGAAAUUACAUUUACUCAAGUCCCAAUAGGACAAAAUACCAUAUUUGGCCUGCACAUCCUCGGUGUUUCCUGAUUGGCGUAGCCCAACAGGCAUGCACUUACUCUGGAGGGUAGAGCCGCAACUCCUCGAUAUCUCCGAGGAAGCCGAAGAGAGUUCGCAUUUGUUCGCUAGUGACAGACGAGGACAGACACAAUGGAAGACAAGUACAGCAGUAAUGUCAUUUCAGGUGGAAAGCUGGGACGCGUUGAAGUGCCUAAUGCUAGAUUGACCAGAUACAUUUUGUUGCUCUUCUUCACCAAGUUGUUGAAGGCUCUAGGAAUUUUUGAGUCUUAUGACCUCCUCAAAGUUGUACAUAUUGUGCCGUUUCUCUUCAUACUCAAAUUUGGGUGUGCGAUGAUUUUACUUUUCUUUCAAAAGCCCUUCUCAUCAGGAAAAAUAGUCACCAAAAGACAGUGGAUCAAAAUUUUCAAGCACGCCGUGAUCAGCUGUGUGAUCUCUCUUUUGGGAUUUUUUGGCCUGACGCUCUGUGGGCCGCUAAGGACACUGCUGUUGUUCGAGCACAACGAUGUUGUGGUCAUCGCUUUCCUCACCGUUCUCUUCACCACCUCAGACGGAGGUCCCUCUAAGACGAGAGGCGCUGCAUUCUUCAUCAUUGCAGUGACAUGUCUUUUGCUCUUCGAUAACGAUGACCUCAUGGCCAAGAUGGCGGAGCACCCCGAGGGACACCAUGACAGCGCUCUCACCCAUGCCUUAUACACAGGGAUCUCGCUUUUAGGUUUGGCCGACCAUAAAGGUGGAGUAGUGCUCUUGGUUCUAGCGCUGUGUCUGAAGGUGGCGUUCCACACACACUCCAGAAAACUGUCAGUGGAACUUGGUGGAGCGAAGCGCCUCUACGCUCUGUCCAACCUGGUCGCUUCUGUACUGCUGCUGCCCUGGGUGUUUGUGCUCUCUGCCACCACGGAGAGCAAGGUGGAGUCAUGGUCCAGCCUGGUCUUGCCCUUCUCCAUGAUCGUCUUCUCCGUGAUGAUCCUGGACUUCUAUGUGGAGUCUAUCUGCAUGACAAAGCUCGAGGCCCCACGCUGCGCCCGCUACAGCUCCUACUUCCUGUUCUUCAGCGGCCUGUUUCUGGCCAACUUCUGGACCCACCCGCUGACGGACCAGCUGCGGCCCAUUAGGACGGGCGGCCAGCAGUCCAGCACUGAGCAUGUGCUGUCCGGAGGAGUGCUGGUCAGCGCCUGCUUCUUCAUCAUGUCCGACAGCAUCCUGUCCUCUCCCUCUAAGAAAGGACAGAAGGGAACGCUGGUGGGAUAUUCGCCUGAAGGGACUCCUCUGUAUAACCUGAUGGGCGAUGCGCUGCAGCACAGCUCUCAGUCCCUCCCUCGCUUCAUCAAAGACUCGCUCAAGCAGAUCCUCGAGGAGUACGAUUCCCGACAGAUCUUCUACUUCCUGUGCCUCAACUUGGCCUUCACAUUUGUGGAGCUGUUCUAUGGAGUGUGGACCAACAGCCUUGGUCUGAUCUCUGAUGGCUUCCACAUGCUGUUUGACUGCUCAGCUUUGGUACUCGGACUCUUCGCUGCCCUCAUGACCAGAUGGAAAGCGACAAGGAUAUACUCUUAUGGGUAUGGCCGUGUUGAGAUUCUUUCUGGGUUCGUUAACGGCAUGUUCCUCAUGGUCAUAGCCUUCUUCGUGUUUGUGGAGUCGCUCUCCAGACUGAUCGACCCUCCCAACAUCAACACCGUCAUGCUAGCGCCAGUAUCUGUGGGCGGCCUGAUCGUGAACCUUUUGGGCAUCUGCGCUUUUAGCCACGCCCACUCCCAUGGGGCAUCAAAGAGCGCCUGUUCAAGUCAUGAGCAUGGCCACUCGCACCAUGGUCAUGCCCACGGAGACCACGGACAUGGAGGUCAUGGGCACAGCCACGGUGGUCACGGUCACUCUCAUUCCCAUGGGCACGCCCACGGCUCUGGAGGAAGAGGCAUGAACACUAACAUGAGAGGAGUCUUCCUGCAUGUGCUGGCUGACACACUGGGCAGCGUCGGAGUCAUUAUAUCUACAAUUCUGAUCAAUCAGUUCGGCUGGCUGAUAGCAGACCCCAUAUGCUCUUUGUUCAUUGCCGUCCUCAUCUUCCUCAGUGUCAUCCCGCUGCUGAAGGACGCUUGUGAAGUUCUUUUACUGAGAAUUCCACCAGAACACGAGAAGGAGCUUAACUUUGCCCUUGAAAAGAUUCAAAAAAUUGAAGGCGUCUUGUCUUACCGUGACUCGCACUUCUGGAGGCAUUCUGCUAACGUCCUUGCCGGCACCGUUCACCUACAAAUCAUGUCCGAUGUUGUGGAGCAGAGAAUUAUUCAGCAGGUGACUGCAGUUCUGAAGGAUGCGGGUGUGAAUAAUCUGACCAUCCAGGUGGAGAAGGAAGCUUAUUUCCAACACAUGUCAGGCCUUAGCACAGGAUUCCAUGAGGUUCUGGCAAUGACACAGCAGAUGGAGUCGAUGAAAUAUUACAAAGAUGGCACAUGUAUUCUGUAAAGAUGUAUUAUGUAAAUGUGUGUGUGCGUGUGUGUUUGUGUUCUUUGUAAAUAAAACUUUUAAGAAAUA